AUGUCAUUUAAAACAUUAUCUGCAAAACUUGCUGCUCAAUUAGAUCAAGAAUUAAUGUCAACAGGCGCAUAUUCAAUAGAUCAAUUAAUGGAAUUAGCAGGAUUAGCCGUAGCAAAAGCAAUAUACAAAGAAUAUCCACUGGCACCAAAUCAAGGAAGCGCUUUGCCAAAGAUUUUAGUACUAGUUGGACCAGGAAAUAAUGGAGGUGAUGGAUUAGUAGCAGCUAGACAUUUAAAAUUAUGGAAUGCUUAUGAACCUAUAAUUUAUUAUCCAAAAAGAUCAACUAAGAAUCAAUUAUAUGGUAACUUGGUUAAACAAUUGGAAAAUUUGGGAGCCGAAGAAGUUUCAACAUUGGAAAAGAUUAUUGAACUUUUAAAUGAUAAAUCACAUAGUGGAAUUGCUUUAAUUUUAGAUUCAUUAUUCGGAUUUUCAUUCAAGCCACCAAUUAGAGAGCCAUUCAAAGACUUGAUAAAUUAUUUAUCUGAAAACCACAAAUCGUUACCACCAAUAGUAUCCAUUGAUAUACCAUCAGGAUGGGACGUUGAUGAAGGUCCUGUAGAUACCGAUAUUAACUCAAGUAUGUUGGUAAGUCUAACUGCUCCAAAACCUUGCGCUCAGAAGUUCAUAAAAUUAGGUGAUGAGAAAGGUGAACAUAAAUCUCAUUAUUUAGGUGGUAGAUUCAUUACUCCGACGAUUGCUAAAAAGUAUGGUAUUGAAGAUGUUCUAGGUAAAUAUAAAGGGGAUGAUCUUAUAGUUAAAUUGUAG